UAGAAAAUCGAUCUAUAUAAUCCUUAUGCUUGUAAGGCAAUAUUUAAAUCGAUUUUAAUUUUCCGAAUCGAUUAAAAAUAUCGAAAAUUAUGAUGCAAAAGAUCGAUUUUCGAGAGAUCGAUUUAAAAUCGGCAUCCUAGUUCAAAGUGAUUGUAUUUUGUAACAUAUCGAAGAGACUUCAACGAAUACCGAUAUAUUUCUUUAAUCGACGACGAUGAUUUAUUUCAAUUUUGAUCAUUUAGAGAUUAAUAAGAUUUGAGGUGAAACAUUACUAACAGAUUUGUGAAAGUUUCUUCAAUUUCUUUUCUCUUUCUCUUUAUGUCUCUCUUUGUAGUUUUCUGUCUUUCUUCGUCUUCUUCUCUUUCUGUUUCUCUCUCUCUCUCUCUUUCUCUUUCUCUUUCUCUCUCUCUAUCUAUGUAUGACUGUUUAUCGUUUAAAAUUUUUUAUUUUCUUCUGUCAUUUAAAAUGCUUUCAUUUUUACAGUUGUAAUAUCUUCUGUUUAUUUUAAAAAUAAUUUUUGAAGAGAUGUUAAAAUCUUGAAAGACUAUCACUAUUUAUUUUAAUGAUUUUGUUAAACAAUAAUGUUAUUAAGUUAAUUUUAUUUUCUACAUUAUUAGGGAACAUUAUUACUUAUAAUAUAUGGCAGAAGAUACCGAGAUAUGUGGUGGCUUCUUAGAUGCUAAGUUAUCAGGAACAAGAUGUGUAACGCAAAAAGUGAGAAAAAGAUCUUUAGCGCCAUGGAAAGUUUGGAAAAGACAUUGGUGUACGGUCAAAAAAUUAGGACCAGGUUUAGGAAUAGAAAUACAGUUAGAUUAUGGUAUAAGUAGUGGUGGGAUUUCACAGAAUGAAAAGGACAACUCAAUUGUAGUACCAUAUGAUGCUAUUGUAUAUCGUACUCAAUCAAAAUCUAAACAGUUUGCAUUUGGCAUAUUUUUAAAUAAAGAGAGAAAACCAUUAUUAUAUUUAUCUGGUAACUCUGAAACAGAGACACAGCGUUGGAUGUCAAAUAUUCGUCAAUUAUUAAAGCCAAGAAAACAUAGAUUAAUGGAUGGAUUCUAUAAUAUAUCUAUAGUAGAUAAUGCACAUUCCAGAUUGGCAGGUUUAACUGGCUUAUAUGGAGACUUAGUGGCUAGUCAAAUGGGAGUAUUUAUUAAAGAUAUUCAUUCAGGUGAAAUAAUACAAAAUCUAGAAUGGAAAGAAAUGAAGCAAUUUCAUUUAACUACAGCUGGUCGUCCGGAAGAUGUAAAACGUAUAUGUGUAAUUCAUACCACUAAAGAGUUCCAUGCUGGUGUCGGAGAACUUCAUGUAUUUUGUUUAAAGGCUAGCAAAUUGUUGCAAGAUUUAGUGACUCAGGGCCGUGGUCCAAAGCACAAACAUAUCGAUAAGAGACCAUUAAGUUUAAGCGAAGGUGAUCUUAGAAUAUCAGGACAUUGUGAAGAAGGUACAACAACUUUUCCAGCAUUAAAGAGUAAAAUUGCAUUUAGUCUCAUUAAUGCAGGCCUAGGAUUACUUUUAUCUUCUCGUUCUGGAAAUGAUGUCAAAUCUUUAAACGAUAUGACAAAUGGUCAUAGCCUUGAUAAAGUUAUGAAUGAGAAAAAACCUAUACUCUCCAGAGUUGUAGAUAAUGUUUAUCAACAAAAACCAGCUAGUAUUCCUGAUAUUGUAUCAAGUAUAAAAGACUUAGAUACUUCAUCGCAUAGAAGAGUUUCCAAUGUUUCUGUGGCUUCUGGAGUUUAUGAAGAAAUUAUUGAUAAUACUAAUUGUUCCAGAAUUGUAUCAGUAACUUCAAAUUUUUAUGAAGAUCCAGAAGAACUUAUUUUUAGCUCUCACAAUAUUCAACUGCAACCACCACCACUACCACCUCGACAGCGGUGUGGAUCUGCAUCUACAAGAAAUGGCAGAUCCAUUUUUUAUAGCAUCAGUGAAGAUGGUUUAGAUUCUGAAGGAGAUACUAGAUCUGUUACUCCAAAUGAUAUUACACCACUUUCUGAAGAUAAAAUAAUGCAUUCACAGCAAGCAAUAAUAGAUCAUUCUGAGUAUGUUCCAAUGUCACCUAGACCAAAAGUUAUCACUUCUUAUCAUCUUGAAGUACAAAAUUCUUCACAAGAGGAAAUUUACAUGGUCAUGCAAUAAUAGCAAUAAACAUAAGUUGUCAUCAGUUUAAAGUACGAUUACAUAAAAUUUAUGCAUCAAAUUAUUGCAAAUAUUUAAUAUGAGUGUUAGAAAAUGAUAUUUCAUGGAUAUGUUCUAAACAUUUUUUACAAAUAUAUUUCUUACAAAUAUGUUAACUUUCCAAAAAUAGCUUGAACUUUGUAUCUCUCUGAUAUAUAAUGCAUAACGUUUUCGUGUGAAAGUUUAUAUAUUUUCUAAUUGGAAGCAGGGUAAUUAAAGUAUAAAUAUUUUCAUUUAUAUGUUUGAAGGAUAUAAUCGUAUGUAUUAAAUUUUACCUAUAUACAUUUCUAUUAUAAGCCAUUUUUAAUUAUUAGUUUGGAAUUAUAUAUA